UCUUAUUCUUCCACAUCCUGGCAUUGUUCAAUGUAAUUUUGCUAACGUUCCUGAACUCGUCACUAUCAUUGGAAACCCCUGAUAGAUAAUCAUAUAAUAAUUUGUUUACCAGCAGUAUAAUUGCGUUAAAGAUUUAUUACAAUUUUUUAUUGUUUUUGUCACGAGAUCGUAUAUAUGAGAAAAAGCAAUUAAUUCGCUAUACAUUAUAAAAUAUUUAAUUUAAUAUUUUAAUUGUAAAAUUACAUAGGUUGUUACAAAACUUUCAGACCGACAUUUAAAUUUGGUUUCCUUUAACGAAGGACUUCCCGAGGAUGAUUGCAAUAUGGAAAUUGAUUCAAUCAGAUUCAGUGAAAAUGCCACCGAAAAAAGCUGCCGGUGGAGCUAAAGCUGGGAAGUCGAAAGGUGGAGACGAUGGCGAUAAAGGAAAAGGCGAGAAAAAGGGAGGCACUGCUGUAAAAGUAAGACACAUUCUUUGCGAGAAGCAAUCAAAAAUAUUAGAAGCACUUGAAAAAUUAAAAGCUGGUCAAAAGUUUAAUGAAGUUGCAGCAACAUAUAGUGAAGACAAGGCACGAUCAGGAGGUGAUCUAGGUUGGAUGACACGUGGCUCUAUGGUCGGUCCAUUUCAAGAAGCUGCAUUUGCUUUACCUGUAUCUAGUCUUGGGUCUCCAGUAUAUACAGAUCCACCGGUUAAAACAAAAUUUGGAUAUCAUAUCAUUAUGGUUGAGGGAAAGAAGUAAAAAUUGUAUCAAUUUUUACAAUUGUUUAAUUUUAUAAAUAAACUUUUAAUAUUUAUUA